CGUGUGCUUUAACCUUGUCUCCUGGACAACAAUAUCGGACAUUUUACAUCGGCUGAAAAGGUGGUGCCCCUUAAUUUGCCAAAGAAUGUGCGACACAAUGGUGAUGGGUGUGAACUCGCAAAAUCGAAAACGAUUGCGGUCCGACGAUAGUGAAGGUUGCUUUGUCACGCAAAAAAAAACUUUCGUCAACCAACGCCUGCUCGAUCGCCAAGAUUCGGAGAAGAUGAAACAAAUUCAAGCUAGAACAAUCGGCCUGCUUUUCGAAGGGGCCAAGAAGCACAGCAAAGUAGGCGGCGGUCCUAUCUGUGGGAAGGAAUCCUUCAGAUCCGUUCGCUUGCUGGGUGGUGGAGAAAUCGACUACGAUCCGGCUUCCGUUUCUGCUUGGGUGACGAAAAAGGCCGACAGACACUGCCGUCUGUGUGACCAGUGGUCGAUUGUGCACACAGAUUGCACGAACUGUAACCUCGAGCUGUGCGAGUACUGCGGAGUCGAUUGCAGCAAUUGUCCGGAGAAAAUUUGUCUCAACUGUGUGAAGCUAUUCCAAUGCGAAUCGCAGGAUAAACCGUGCUGUGAGCAGUGUAAAAUGUUUCUACGUUAAAAACCGCGAUACAAAACUGGCCGUGGUCGCAGUGUUCGCAAUAGAAAGAACCGAUACAAUAUCAUAAUGUUUCGUGCAAGUGUUAAAGAUCCGCUUUUAGCUUAGAUAAGUAAA